AUGGAACAACAAGUGCAUGCAUCUUCACAGUCACGAUUAUCCACCAUUUUAGAACCCCAGGGCACACUCACCCCAUCAAAGAUCGCAAAUGUACCGCCUUCUUACCGUCUUCUUUACCGCGGGGCCUUAUCGUUACCUGACUCUCUACUUGUUCUUGACGGUCUUACCUUUGCAGCUCGGCUAGACUCGCCUUCCAAACAAAGCACAUCUCAUCUCUUAGAAAACCCACUGGCGUUGGCGUUGGAAAGUAUGCGUGGACGGCCGACUUUACGUUUGAUGGGCACGAUCGCAUUGAAGGAUGUGUAUAUGGAUGAAAGUGGGAAGGUAGAAAUGGACAUUCACCCACUUGCUACCUUGUCGCAAAUCUAUUUCGAGAAUAUGUUUUGUUUGCAACCAUUCUCUUCGGCUUCGACGUCAAAAGAUCCGCUUCCAGAACGGUCUGUUAUUGGCGUUAAAGUUGCUCUCGGAGACAGCAAUGGACCUGAAACAACUCAGGUCGUUAUUUUUGCACAAGUUUCUCGAUUUUCCGACGAGAAAAAGGUCAUCAGAUUACAAGUAGGACGCAUCGCACCGCGGCCAUUACCUCAACAUUCCCUACCACGUCCUCCGAGACCAGAUGACCCAAUACCUCGCAAACCUCCGGCAUUCUUUAUUCGCGACCUUAAGCGAGGUGGCAGUCUAGGCAACCUCAAGCGCGUGGCGAGCGGCAGUACAGUUGGUGGAGGGCCUUUGAAAAGGCAAAAAACUGCUGGAAUAGCAGCCGAUCUGGGAAGUGGGGUACGGUUGGGUGCUGUUGACGUCGAAGGGGACAGGGUCUUCAAAGUUCCGGAGCUACCGAAGCAGGUUAAACCUACCGCGAAAGGCAAGGAAAAAGAACGAGACGUGUUCGGAGACGUUUCAGAGGUUCAACGUGCAACUGUUGUGAAAGGCAAAACAAAGUCAGACGAUACCCAAAACGAGGCGGCGUUCGAGAAGGCAAAUAAAAACGCCAUAAAGAAAUCUACGACGGAAUAUCUUGCUCGUACGAAGGACCCCACUGGUUUCAUUGUCAAAAGCCACCCCGACUUCAAGGAGCUCUUCAACUUUGUCUAUCGCGGGGUCUGCUUUGCAUUACGUGUGAAGAUGCGUUCGUGCACCGUCGACGCAGCCCUCAUAAAUCGCCUCAUUGACGUGCAUGCUGUGAUGUACUUAGGGGGUCAUGGCGGUUCAGCCGAUGGACAAGGAACUUGA